UUUCUCUCACUACUUUUCUUUGCCCCUAACAUUACGCUUAAAUCAAUUUCCUGUGAAAAAACCCCCCAAAAAAUUAAAACCCCACAAUUUAAUAAAAGUCUAUUUUAGCAAAAUUAACAGAAAGAAACGGUUUUUCCAUCCAUGCCUUCUUCCCUCUCUCCCACACCAUCCAACUUUCUCUCACUUCUUUGAAAUUUCACCUCCCUCGUUCCAUGUCAACCGGCGGUGCAACCGCCACCACCUCCACCUAUUAUACUCACCACCGCCGCCGCGCCACCGACGAGAAUCCAUCGGAAUCAGAAACGGAGGCGGACGAAUUGACCAACAUGGAAGGCAGGCAGAAUCUCCGCCCUCCGCCGCGGUGGUUCUUGAAAUCUCUGGCGCCGAGGAAGCGCCGCUGCCGCACGGUUUUCGUGAUCCUCCUCUUGAUGGUGGCGCUCUCCGCCUAUCUCCGAUUCUUCCUCUUGCUCCGCGGCGGCGGGGCGGUGGCGGAUAGGGACACCAUGAUCGUCCGCUUCUUCAAGACCGAUCUCUCCUCCUCCGCGCACAAGGCGCUUUUCGAGACGGAGCUCCGCUCGCAUCCCGCGGCGGAGAGACGCCGCCGACGCCGCAAAAAGAAAAUUCCGAUUUCAGAAAUAUGGAGAAAACCCUACAGUGGCGAUCUAUACCCUUGCACUGUACGGCCAAAGAAUCGCAUCAAGACAUCAAAUGCAACGAAUGGGUAUGUUUUGGUUCAAGCAAACGGGGGACUGAAUCAGAUGAGAACAGGAAUAUGCGACAUGGUGGCGAUAGUGAAGAUCAUGAAUGCGACUCUUGUGCUUCCUUCGCUCGAUCACUCAAGCUUCUGGACAGAUCCUAGUGAUUUCAAGGAUAUCUUCGAUUGGAAGCAUUUUAUUGAGGUUCUAAGUCUUGACAUUGAGAUCGUCGACAAGCUGCCGGAAAAGUAUGCAAGAGUGAAGGCUGUCAACAAAGCUCCCAUCUCUUGGUCUAAGGCAGGGUACUACAGAGACAUGGGAACAUUGCUGAAAAAGAAAAGAGUGAUAAGAUUCACUCACACAGACUCACGCCUCGCCAACAACGGCCUAGCCCCGUCCAUCCAGAAGCUCCGGUGCCGCACAAACUACGAGGCCCUCCGCUACGCCCCGCCCAUCGAAGACCUCGGCCGCAAGCUCGUGGCUCGCCUCCGAGACCAAGAAGAGGACUACUCCCCCUACAUCGCCCUCCACCUCCGCUACGAGAAGGACAUGCUCGCCUUCACCGGCUGCAGCCACAACCUCACCGCCGCCGAAUCCAACGAGCUCCGCCGCAUGCGCUACGCCACCAAGCACUGGAAGGAGAAGGAGAUCGACAGCCGCGACAAGCGCGCCCGCGGGGGCUGCCCCCUGGCCCCCAGGGAGGCCGCCGUCUUCCUCAAGGCCAUGGGCUACCCCUCCGCCACCCGCGUCUACAUCGUCGCCGGAGAGAUCUACGGCGAAGGGAGCAUGGACGCGCUCCGCCGUGAGUACCCCAACGUGUACUCGCACUCGACCCUGGCCACGCCUGAGGAGCUCAGGCCGUUUGUGGGUUACCAGAACCGGCUGGCUGCGCUCGACUACAUUGUGGCGCAGGAGAGCGACGUGUUUGUGUACACGUACGACGGGAACAUGGCCAAGGCGGUGCAGGGGCACCGGAGGUUCGAAGGGUUCAAAAGGACUAUUAAUCCUAAUAGGAUGAGUUUUGUGAAACUGAUGGAUAGAAUGGACAGUGGGGAGAUUUCGUGGGAGGAAUUUGCGGGGAAGGUGAAGAAAAUGCACGAGAAGAGAGUGGGGGCGCCGUACCAGAGAGAAGCAGGGCCGACGCCGAGAUUAGAGGAGAAUUUUUACGCUAAUCCUUAUCCCGGUUGCAUAUGUGAUAGGUAUCUAAACUGAAGCAGGGGAAAUAUGGCUUAUUCUUUUUUUUGUUUUUCAUUUAGAUGAGUAGAGAUUAUUUGAUUUUAUUGUUACGCUUUGAUCGAUCAGAAAUGUUGAGGAAUGUAACUUUUGUCGAGAAACAUUGCAGAGAAAAGAAAUGAGUAACACGUUCUAACAAGAA